CCAAACAACCUUCUUGUAGUCGAGAGCUCAGCUGUAAUAAUGUACAACUUACAUAACUUACAGACCCUGCGCCGCUCGCUGCACGAAUCCGCAAGCUUGCUUCCCGGCCCAGUGCAUGUGCCUGUAUGUAGUUUCGCCGUCCUGCGGUAUCCUCCCAAAAACCUCCCACGACUUCCCCAAACUUCCCACGACUACCCAAGACUUCCCAACAUCCCCCAAACCCUCCCAGACCCUCCCAGACCUCCCAGGCCGUUCCUAGGUUCCUGCUCUAGAUGCUCCAGCAGUUGUAG